AUGUCAUUUAUAUGUGUGGAGUGUGGGAAAGGAUUCAACUGGAAGUUAAUAUCUGAUACUCAUAAAAGAGUUCACACUGGAGAGAAGCCUUACAUAUGUGAAGAAUGUGAACAAGGAUCCAUCCAUAAAGCAAAGCUUCACGAUUAUUAUAAAGUCCUCACUGAAGAAAAGCCCUUUGAAUGUAAUAAAUGUGGGAUGAGUUUCAGUCAAAAGGCUUCAUUUCAUGCUCAUGAGAGAAUGCACAUUAAAGAAAAAUGCUAUAAUUCUGAUGAGUGUGGGAAAGGAUUCAGUCAUAAGUCAAAUCUUCAUGAACAUGUGAAAGUCCACUCUGGAGAAAAGCCCUUUAUUUGUGAUGAGUGUGGGAAAGGAUUCAGUCAUAAGUCAAAUCUUACCGAACAUAUGAAAGUCCACUCUGGAGAAAAGCCCUAUAAUUGUGAUGAGUGUGGGAAAGGAUUCAGUUGUAAGUCAAACCUUCAUAAACAUCUGAAAGUCCACUCUGGAGAAAAGCCCUAUAAUUGUGAUGAGUGUGGGAAAGGAUUCAGACAGAAAUCAAACCUUCAUAAACAUCUGAAAGUCCACUCUGGAGAAAAGCCCUAUAAUUGUGAUGAGUGUGGGAAAGGAUUCAGUUGUAAGUCAAACCUUCACGUACAUAUGAAUGUCCACUCUGGAGAAAAGCCCUUUAUUUGUGAUGAGUGCGGGAAAGGAUUCAGUUGUAAGUCAAACCUUCACGUACAUAUGAGUGUCCACUCUGGAGAAAAGCCCUAUAUUUGUGAUGAGUGUGGGAAAGGAUUCAGAUUCAAGAAAAACCUUCAUGAACAUCUGAAAGAUCACUCUGGAGAAAAGGCAUAUAUAUGUGAUGAGUGUGGGAAAGGAUUCAGACAGAUGUCACACCUUUAUGAUCAUUUGAAUAUUCACUCUGGAGAAAAGCCCUAUAUAUGUGAUGUGUGUGGGAAAGGAUUCAGAUUUAAGUCAAAUCUUCAACAACAUCUGAAAGUACACUUUGGAGAAAAACUCUUUAUAUGUGAUGAGUGUGGUAAAGGAUUCAGAUGGAAGUCAAGCCUUCAUAGACAUCAUAUAAUUCACAUGAGAGAUAAGCUCUACAUAUGUGUAGAUUGUGGCAACACAUUCACUCAGAAGAAAUAUCUUCAUGAACAUCAGAGAGGUCACACUGCAGGAACAAUCGUUAUAUGUGAUGAGUGUGGGAAAGGAUUCAAAUAUAAGUCAAACCUUCAUGAACAUCAGAGAGUCCACACUGGAGAUAAGCUCUUCAUAUGUGGUGAGUGUGGGAAAAGAUUCAAAUGGAAGUCAAACCUUAAUAAACAUCAUAAAAUUCACACUAGUGAGAAGCCCUAA